GCGGGCCCCAAGCGGGCGCGGGCCAAUGGGCCGGGGCCGGAGGCGGGCCGAGGGGCGGCGGGCGGAUAAAAGGCGGCGGCGCCACCACCCCCCUCCGCAGUGCCGGGCGCCGCCGGGCCAGGAGGGAGGGGAAGGCCGCGCUGUGUGGGGACCGACCGCCAUGAGCCGCCUCAGCCUCCCCGUCCUGCUCGGCGCCCUCCUGGCGCUGGCGGCGGCCGGGCCCACCCAGUUCUUCCGGGAGGAGUUCGGGGAUGGAGAUGCCUGGACCCGCCGGUGGGUGGAAUCAAAGCACAAGUCCGACUAUGGCCGGUUCGUCCUCACAGCUGGGAAGUUCUACGGCGACGCUGAGAAGGAUAAAGGCAUCCAGACAAGCCAGGACGCCCGGUUCUACGCCAUCUCCUCCCGCUUUGAGCCCUUCAGCAACCGGGACAAGACGCUGGUGGUGCAGUUCACGGUGAAGCACGAGCAGAACAUAGACUGUGGCGGUGGCUACGUCAAGCUCUUCCCGGCCAGCCUGAACCAGGAGGACAUGCACGGCGACUCAGAGUACAACAUCAUGUUCGGCCCUGACAUCUGCGGCCCCGGCACCAAGAAGGUCCACGUCAUCUUCAACUACAAAGGGAAGAACGUCCUGAUCAACAAGGACAUUCGCUGCAAGGACGACGAGUUCACCCACCUCUAUACGCUGGUGGUGCGUCCCGACAACACCUACGAGGUGAAGAUCGACAACGGGCGGGUGGAGUCGGGCAGCCUGGAGGAGGACUGGGACCUGCUGCCCCCCCGCAAGAUCAAGGACCCCGAGGCGCGGAAACCCGAUGACUGGGAUGAGCGGGCCAAGAUCGAUGACCCCGAGGACACCAAGCCUGAGGACUGGGACAAGCCCGAGCACAUCCCUGACCCUGAUGCCAAGAAGCCGGAGGAUUGGGAUGAGGAGAUGGACGGGGAGUGGGAGCCCCCCGUCAUCCAGAACCCCGAGUACAAGGGCGAAUGGCGGCCCCGGCAGAUCGACAAUCCCGAUUACAAGGGGAAGUGGGUGCACCCCGAGAUCGACAACCCCGAGUACAGCCCCGACCCCCACCUCUACGCCUACGACAGCUUCGGUGUCAUCGGCCUCGACCUCUGGCAGGUGAAAUCCGGCACCAUUUUCGACAACUUUCUCAUCACGGAUGAUGAGAAAUUAGCAGAGGAAAUCGGGAACGAGACCUGGGGGGCCACCAAGGAAGCCGAGAGGAAGAUGAAGGAGCAGCAGGACGAAGAGCAGCGCAAGAAGCAGGAGGAAGAGGAAAAGCAGCGGAAGGAGGAGGAAGGGGACGAGGAAGGGGACGAGGAGGAAGACGAAGAGGAGGAAGAACCCGAGGAGGCGGAAGCAACCCCCCGGGACGAGCUGUGAGGGGAGGGGGGGCGGAAGGGAGGGUCGGCGAGGACCGUAAAUGUCUCUGUGAGACCUGGACUCUUUUCUAUGGCCGCCGCCGCCCCACCGGGACACGGCGCCGGUACCGGGAGAGGGGGGGGGGGGGGCGCUCGGCCCCCCACGCCCCCCCCACUCAGCCCCCUGGGGGUGUGUGGGGCCGAGCCCCCCCCCCCCCCGCUCCCGGUACCCUCGGGGUUGUGGGGUGAUGGGGGGGGAUUGAUGUUCCGCGGGCGCACGCGACUGUACGGGUGUAGCGAUCCGGUUUCUAUUAAAUUAACGCUUUCGUCCCGGUU